CUUCAGUGACUCAUGUGGGAGUUCCCUGGCUGGAGAGUCAGGGAUGGAAGGGGAAAAGGCUUUUCUCAAGCGCUAUGAAGGUCUGGAGUGUGUGUGACAGCGAGUAGCAGCAGCAGCAGUAACAUGGCUGCAGCGUUCCUAGAUGGCAGAGAUGCUCACUCCAUCCUCAAGCGUUUCCCUCGAGCCAACGGCUUCUUGGAGGAGUUCAGGCAGGGAAACAUCGAGCGGGAGUGUGGCGAGGAGAGCUGCAGCUUCGAGGAGGCCAACGAAGUGUUUGAGAACAAAGAGAGGACGAUGGAGUUCUGGAAAACCCGCAGCGUCUACACAGUGAGCAGCAACGGCGAGGGCCGCUCUGAGCGCGCCGACACCGUCUACAUGGUUGUCCCCCUGCUGGGCGUCGCGCUCCUCAUCAUCAUCGCCCUCUUCCUGCUGUGGAGGUGUCAGCUGCAGAAGGCCACGCGCCGCCGGCCCGCCUACACCCAGAACCGCUACCUGGCCAACAACCGCAGCACGCGCAGCCUGCCACGCAUCCUGGUGCACCGCGAAACCCCCACACACACCGACAGCACCCACCAGGAGUCCAGCUCCCGGCCGACCGUGGUGGUGAGCGGCGUGGAGCGAGGAGGGGGCGGAGGGGCGCUGUCGGCUUGUUCCCAGCCGGAAUCCCAUCGCGGCCAGCAGCAGAACACUCGCGCCCUCUACGUGCAGGACUCCUCUUUGUCGGUGGCGUCCCGGCUGUCCGGUGCCACGCCGCCGCCGUCUUACGAGGAGGUGACGGGACACCUGGAGAGCAGCGGUGACGAGACCUCGGCGCCUUCCUAUAGUGACCCGCCGCCUAAAUAUGAGGAGAUCAUAACGGAGAAAUGAGGCUGAUGCCAAGGACGCUGGCAGGUCCAUUGUGCCCCCACCACCGCCAAGUCUGAGGAAGACUGGCAGAAAAAAAGCUGUUUCUGCUUCAGUUGGCGCUCCCGGCUGCUGCUUGUGCCAGCUCCUAUUGUAUUUUCUCCAGGUUUUACUUAUCUGCACCUGUAAUUUGCCUCUCAUGUUUCCUUAGCGGGCGCAAGCUAAAAGCAAAUCUGCCCCCUCGGCCCAAGCGCGACUCCAGGAUUAUCGUUCCCAGUUGCAGGAAAACCCAACCUAAGCACCCGGUGUGAUGUUUAAUUUUUCCUUGUUACUUUCCUUUGGCAAACAGCUGACGCCUGGCGCGGCCACAGUGUGGAAAGUAGGACGAGGUGCCGGGGAGACGACUUGGCAGGCGACGGUGAUGGCUCCUCAGUCUCUGGCCUUGUAGCAGGCGCGGUAAAGCGGCCAGGUUUCCGUCACUGCGGAUCUGCAGCUGGCGUUUCAUUGGCGACACGCUGCAGGCGGGCUUCUGCACUCACUGAACACCGAUCUGUGAGACUGUGAGGUUUUUCCUCGCCAGCAGGUUGGCGAUGUGUUGUUAACACUUCUCAUGUAUCAGUGUCCUCACUGUUCUCUGAAUGUGGUGGUUAUACUGUAACUAUAGUGCUGUGCAUAAAGUAUGAACUCUAUGUAUUCGACAAUGGAAGUCGUCGGGGCGCUACUGGA